AUGCCCCUAGACUUCACCAAGCACUUCAUCGUCGUGCCGACGGAGUGCAAGCUGAGGAACAAUACCAGCUGCUCCUGGAGGGUGACAGUGAAGCUGAUGAACAGGGUGACUCUGGAUCAGGGUUGGGCCACCUACACCGCCGUUCAUCAGAUCAAGAUCGGCUACAUGGUGGCGUUCAACCUCCUCACUCCUGACACCCUCAAGGUCAUCAUCUUCGACGACGAUGACGUUGAGGUGGUCAACAAGUGUGGGAAGCACGACAAAGCCUUUGUCGCCAAGGACUAG